AUGACGCGACGCAUCGUGAGUCCUGUCUAUUCGCCUCGAGAGAACCCCCCCUGGACCGCCGCUAACCCAUCAACUGCAAUAGACCGAAGCUACAGAGUCUUGCCAACGUCGCUACACAACUACCUGCCGACACACCACCCCGGUCAUGUCGUCACCGACGUCACGCUGGUGACAUGCUCAACAGUAAACCCGCUCUCGAACUGCGACCUCGACCCCAAAAAAUGGCAUCGCAUCGACAAGGAAUUGUUCCUUGGCCGUGCCUGGACGACCAGGGCUUACCUUUACGUCAGCCGAAAACAUGAAGAGGAACUUGUGGACGGGGACUCGGUGGUCGUCGAUUUAAAGGUCGGUCCAUUGAGACCCGAGGACGAAAAGCCAGACACGCAUGCGGCCUGGGAGUCGCGGCCCGGCGGUAUCUGGGUGAAGCGCUCCUCGCGAAAGGUGGCGAGCGAUUCGGAUGAGGCCAUUACAAACGUCGACGUGCUCUUUGGCGAUGACGCCGUGGAGGCCCGGGACGGCUGGGCGAUCCGAGGGACGCCGCUCCAGAUUGACGCGAGCGGCACUUUCCAUUCGGCACACGUCACUGUUCGUCGCGGCGCGCCAGUUGAGCUAAAGAAGCCAAAACCGCGCAUUCCGGACAGCGGAAAAUUCAAGAUUCUCCAGAUUGCUGACCUCCACUUGAGCACCGGCGUUGGUGUGUGCCGCGACGUCUUCCCCGAGCUUGCCAAGGGCGAGAAGUGCGAGGCGGACCCCAGGACACUGGAAUUCGUCGACAAGAUGAUCGAUGAGGAAAAGCCGGACUUUGUAGUCCUCAGUGGCGACCAAGUCAACGGCGAGACGGCACCUGAUCCGCAAUCUGCUAUCUUUAAGAUUGCCCUCAAGCUCAAGGAGCGCAAGCUCCCCUACGCCGCCAUCUUUGGCAACCACGAUGACGCGCAGGCCAUGGGCCGUGAGGCGCAAAUGGCCAUCAUGGAGUCGCUGCCGUACUCGCUCGCGACCGCUGGGCCGGCCGAGGUGGACGGCGUGGGCAACUACUAUGUCGAGGUGCUCGGUCGCAGCGGCUCGGACCACUCAGCCAUUACCAUCUACUUCUUUGACACGCAUUCGUAUUCUCCCAACGAGCGCAAGUACCCGGGCUACGACUGGGUGAAGCCCAGCCAGAUUGAGUGGUUCAACCGGACGGCCGACCACCUCGUCAAACCGCACGCCGAGUACAGCCACCAGCAUAUGGACAUUGCCUUUAUCCACAUCCCGCUCACGGAGUAUGCCGACUUCAACCAGACAUGGGUCGGCGAGUGGCGCGAAGGUGUUACAGCGCCCAUCUAUAACCCUGGCUUUCGGGAUGCCCUCGUCGACAAGGGCAUCCUCAUGGUCAGCGCAGGCCACGACCACUGCAAUGACUACUGUAUCCUCUCCACCAAGGGCGAGCGUCGCGACCCGGCCAUGUGGAUGUGCUACGCCGGCGGCGUCGGCUUCGGCGGCUACGCCGGGUACGGCGGCUACCUCCGCCGCGUACGCAUAUACGAGAUUGAUGUCAACGCCGCACGCAUCCUCACAUGGAAGCGCGUGGAAGCUGGGCCCAACAUCACCGCCCGCAUUGACCAGCAGAUCAUCGUCGACGCCGCGAGGGCGUACCCGGCGCCGCUGCCCCCACCCUCGCCGCCACCCGUCGCAACGGAGCGUCCGGUUGACGGGGCUUGA